GUACACGCUGAUAAAAAAAAAAAUCCACCUGUUUUGUGAACUGCAUCCUCAACCUGAACGGUGCAGACACUACGCACCAGCCUCCAUACACACUGUACAAAUAUAACUAGCGCAUAAGUAAAGGCGGAAACGAAAUGUAAAAACACUUCACUUCUGACUACAGUCGAACCAUUUUGCGGAAUCACACCUUAAAUAGUUGUCACACCUUCAGCCACGAUGACCCACGCAAGGCUACUUUUGUGUUCCCGUUCAGCUGUGUUGUUGGCACUUUUGUACCUGGCUGUCUUCUUCAGCGACUUCCAACAUGCAGCAGCAGUCAAGCUUGACAGAACGAGCAGCUGCUGGGAGACUAGCAAUAUUCGUUUUUUGGAUGCCACAAGUGAGGCCAGUACCCCAUCUGGCCAGCCAGCCUACCGUAUCCUCAAUAAGAUUGAUGAGAACGUCUACAUCGGGGGCAAUGAAACACUCAGAAGGGUUUUCCUUGCAAACAACAAAGUGGCAAUGGAGAAGAUUGAUACGCUGGCAACAAUGGAACCCCCAGACCUUAUCAUAACCUGCGCAACGAAAAAUCCAACUACUCAAGAGAUUGUCUGUAGGAACUUCAUACGUAUUGCAGAACAAACUAGUUCCGGUGAUCUCCUGGUGUGUGGCACUAAUGCAGAAAGUAGGCUGUGUUACCGGUGCCCAAACGCCGCUCUAGCUGAGUGCACUCAAUUAACUACAAAUUAUACAACACUGGCUGUGGUUCCUCAACAAUACAAUAUUAAUGCAGCGGCAGCUAUAUUCAAGAGUGGCAGUGGGGAUAUGCUCUAUGGUGGGGGUGCAGCAGAAAACACCUUCAGCAGAUUUUCUGUAAACGCAGAUUUAAGCGCCACUAAUCCCAUCAAUUUUGAGCUAGAUACAGUCACUGUCGGAGAAGGGUUUAUCAAGGAACCAACCUUUAUAGGGAGACCCUUUGAUUACACACACGUUGAUGGUAACGAGUACGUGUUCCUGAUCUACCGUGAAACUGCACUUGAGUAUACCGCUGGACCCAAAGUGUACCCACGUAUAGCCAGAGUGUGCAAGAAUGAUACAGGAGGCACCGUCAACACAAAGAAGUUUGUCACCUUCAUCAAGGCUCGUUUGGAAUGCUCCGUGCCCCAUGGUGAUGAGCCGGCAUUUGAAUAUGAUUAUAUUCAGGAUGCUGUCUGGGAUGCCACUAAUCAGAACGUGUAUGCAGUAUUUACAAAUCAAGAAAAUGGCCCCGUGUCGUCAGCCCUUUGCCAGUACAGGAUGGAGGAUAUCAUGAAUCUGUUCGAUUACGGUAAUUUCCGGCAACAGACUGGUGGCGAUGUCAACGUUGUGUGGAAUGAAGUGACUACGCAACUGCCACAAAGACCUGGGACGUGUUAUGAAGUCCACACCACUGACUAUCCUCCGCUGCUAGAUAAGUCGGUGCCCAGCUAUAAUGCCAAGGAACAAACUGGAGGAACUCAAGUUGCACCACCAUCCAAUUUUCACAAAUCAGAUCCGCCCAUACUUUAUGUGGACGAUGUUCGUUUCACCAGCCUGGCUGUCGACUUGGCUGUCGACUCUUCUGCGGUGUACUUCGUUGGAACAAGUGCUGGAAGUGUGAUCAAAUUUACGACAGAGGUAUGCAUAUGCAACGGAGAUAGCACAAUAAAAAGUGUUGUACUUGAAGGAUUCAAUGCCAACGGUCCCAUAAAUGGGCUGGAAUUGUUGAGGAGUGCGGAUUCUGCUGCCACUUUCCUGGUGGGUACAUCCGAUGUCCAAGCCUCCAUUGAAUGGCCCUUGAACACCAAAUGCCAAUCAGCACGAGAUGAAUCGGAGUGUGCGCUCAGGUACCCUUACUGUAACUUCACUGAAGCCGGAUGCUCAUGUACCGCUAAUAACUGCACCAAUGACCCGCCUACAGGUAUGUCACAUCCUUUUUUCAUGUGGCGCAUAUCAGCUUGA